GACUGGGUACCCAUCUUACAGUCAUGACAGUUUAAUUAAACUAUGUGUAAAUGUAGUCUGUUUUGUUUUAUUGACGGUAAAGAAGUUCUUGGUUAGUGUGCUGAUAUGCACAUCGGUCCAUAACCGACGACAGUAAUGUGGUGUAUGCCGCUGUUUUUAUGGCUUAUGUAUCCUGUCGCGUUAACGCCAUCCUUAUGUUCCUCUUACGGGUACUUACGGUCGACACAUGACGCAAUUCCUCGUUUCUGUGUACUUCUGCUGAAGAAUAAACGGUGGCUUUUACAGAUCUUAUUUGUCAGCCUUGUGACUCUCGACAAACAGGCCGCCGCCAUGUUUUCCUACUUAGCGUUAUGUCACGUCGCCGCUAGGGGCUGUUGGGUGUUAUACUUGGCAUAGCAGGAGCGGGUGGAGCGACUGAUUGUGCAUAGCGAGUUUAACCAAAGGUAGACGCCGGUAAGGAAAUCGAACUCAAAGUCUACUGACGUCAUUUGCGCGGUUCUAAUGGUAAUGGUUGCUUGUUGGUGUUGAACCUCUGUCUUUCUAGCUGUUGCCUUCCUCAUUAACGGACUACAGCAUUUCAAACUAGGUAAGCUUGUUGGUAAAGCCAUCUUGACACUUGCACGACUUUUCACCUGCGCGAACUAGUGUGAGCUUUCUCAAAUAUACUCAAACAGUGCGGGCGGUGCAUAUCAAAGCUUGUCUUGUGUGUUGUCACGUAUUGGUCGCGUAUUCAUGACACGAUGAGCUUCCCCACAGUUUGCGCACGGCACAAACACUAUGCGCCCGACACGAGCUUGACAUUCAUUGGGAACGCAUACUUCACGCAUCGUUGGCGCACCAAUCAGAGGCGACCGAUCACAAGGCAGUGCGUAAAUGCGUGCCAAGCGCGGCCAUUUCCCAAGUCGUCAGUGAACAAUACUGCUACAAGAUGUCGAGGAGAGCAAGGCCAGAAGCGCCUAAACUUAAAGAAGAACCCAGCCAAGAAAUCGAGACCGAAGGAGAGUGGGAAGUUGCAGGGGGGUAUAUUCCUCCCCUUUCCCCCUCCACUAGCGAGGACGUUCCAACCAUUCAAGAAGAGCCCCAAAGACAACAGAAAAAAAGGAUCAGAGUGAGCAAGAAAGAAAUACCGGACUACAAAUGGACCGAUGAGGGAAGCAAGAAGCUGGCCGAAUUUGUUAAGCAGCACCCCCAACUGUUCGACAAGAAGCAGAAGGAUUGGCUUAAUGUGACUGCAAAGACCCAAUUAUGGGCAAUAGCUGGGGAGGAACAGGACCCUCCUGCGACUGAUGCCCAGUGCAAGAAGCACUAUGAAAACAUGCGCACCAGGGUGGGGAAGAUCCUCAAGAGAGAAAAAAGUGGAUCAAGGCCAGCAGACAGGAGUAUGAGAGAUGAAGAAAUAAUGGACACAUGGACUUUUCUCAUCCAACACAUAGUUCGGGGAAACACCCACCCCAAUGAGGAGUUUUCCCUUCCAAGGUUGACAACGGCUAGUGAGGAGGAUGACGACUUGUCAUCGACUGGUGGCGAAGUAGUACCCGUUUGCUGGAGGAGGAGGCGGAGGAGGAGGAUAAUCUCCAAAACAGAAGCCGUGCGCCAAACCCCCGCUCUCUCUGGGCACAGGAGGAUAGUGCAUGACUUCGCCUGUCUCUUGGAAGGACACAUGCUUACCAUCCCGGAGAACUCGUGGCACAACUUCCAGAUUGAGUGUCUGAACUUAGUUCAAAAGUUCAAACAGCCGCAGACCCCAGAGCAGCAAAAAGUUAUGCCUCCAAAGAAAAAAGCCAGAGGCCGUAAAAGAACAGUCAAUUCCGGUGGGGAUGCUGAAAAUUUGGAAGACUCUCCUCCCAAGCCGACAGUCGGCCGCAAGAGGAAGGCUUCGUCUUCUGUGGAGUCUUCCAGUGAGAAAAUCACUGAGCAGCACUGUCACUGGCUCAUGAAGUCUGAGCCUGAGAGCCGCUUUGAGAAUGGCAUAGACGUCAAGUUUGGGAUUGAGGAUCUGAAGGCUUUGCCGGAUCAGACAGGCUGCUGGGACGGCGUCCGCAACUAUCAGGCCCGCAACUUCAUGCGACAGAUGAAAGUGGGACAGUUGGCUUUCUUUUAUCAUAGCAACUGCAAAGAGCCUGGCAUAGCGGGAAUCAUGAAAAUAGUCAAGGAAGCUUACGUGGACCACACUCAGUUUGACAAGACAGAUGUUCAUUUUGACGCCAGCAGCAAGCCAGACAAUCCAAGGUGGAGCAUGGUUGAUGUGCAGUACCAAAGAAUGAUGAAGCGUUUCCUUCCUCUGGCCGAGCUCAAAAAGUACCACCUGCAGCACCGUGCCAAAGGGGGGCCUCUGAAGGACAUGACACUCUUCACGGGGGCCAGACUGUCAGUCCAGCGUCUUACUGCUGAGGAAUUUGACUUUGUCCUGAGUUUGGAGGACCAAGAACCGCUGUGACAAUUUGGACCACACUUUGAUGGAUAUUAUUUGUUCAGUCAUUUCAGAUGUUUGAAAGAAACACUGCAAUACAACUUUAUUUUUCA